AUGUUUGGAUUUGAAAGCUCGUGGCUUAAGAGGGUUGUUAAAGAGCUUGUCGACCUUGAACAUAGCAGUUAUAACGUACAGCCAUAUCAUAAUAACAAUGCAGAUUUAUCUCAUCUCGAGGCUUCUCUGCCAAUUCCCUCCGGAACGCCAUACUCUGGAGGGACUUACACCAUCGAUAUACGCAUCCCUGCUAGCUAUCCGUUCGAGAAGCCAGCAAUGAAGUUCAACGCAAAGAUAUGGUAUCCGAACGUCCACCAGGAAACGGGUGAAAUUGCACCCGGCGCUCUUGGCUCCUGGGAUCCUACUGAUACCAUUAAAACCAUCUUGGACUCGAUAGUCAAGCUACUUCUACAACCAGACACACAACAUCCUCUCAAUGAAGAAGCAAACACCGAGUUUUUGGAAGUCCCAGCUGACUUCGCGGAGAUGGCCCAGGAGUGGGCUAUAAAGUACGCAGGAGCUCUGAGGUUUGUCUCAUCCUUUUCCUCUUCAUUUUAG